AUGAGUCAUAUGAAGUUGUUUGCAGCUACAGUGAAGUGGCAUGGCAUUAAAACUCUGCGAAAGCCAGAUGUAGCCAGGAGGGUGUUUUUCCGUAGCCAACGCUGUGUUUCAUCAGGAACCUCAGAGCCAUUCCUGAGUGGAAGUAAUUCAAAUUAUGUGGAGGAAAUGUAUUAUGCGUGGCUUGAAAACCCUCAAAGUGUACAUAAGUCUUGGGAUUUGUUUUUCCGUAAUGCGAACGCUGGCCAAACGUAUGAUCCUCAACUGCCAGAUCAGUUGGAAAGAAAGGCAUCAUUUCUUCAGAGCCAUGGCCUGGCCCGGACACCGGGGAAAGCUGAAAAACUUGUUGAAGAUCAUCUUGCUGUGCAGUCUUUAAUAAGAGCGUACCAAAUCCGUGGCCAUCAUGUGGCUCAGCUAGAUCCUCUUGGGAUUCUGGAUGCAGACCUGGAUUCGUUUGUUCCAUCUGACUUAAUCACUACAAUCGAUAAACUUGGGUUUUACGGCUUGCAUGAAUCAGAUUUGGACAAAGUCUUUCAACUACCUACAACCACCUUCAUAGGAGGAAAUGAGAACAGUCUUUCUUUACGAGAGAUCAUCAAACGGCUGGAGAAUACCUACUGCCAACACAUAGGCUUGGAAUUUAUGUUCAUCAAUGACGUGGAGCAGUGCCAAUGGAUCCGGCAGAAGUUUGAGACACCAGGUGUUAUGAAGUUCACAAAUGAGGAAAAAAGGACUUUGCUGGCACGGCUGGUGCGCUCAAUGAGAUUUGAAGACUUCCUUGCUCGCAAGUGGUCUUCUGAGAAGAGAUUUGGCUUGGAAGGAUGUGAAGUAAUGAUUCCUGCGCUUAAGACGAUCAUUGAUAAAUCCAGUGAAAUGGGAAUUGAAUAUGUUAUAAUGGGGAUGCCUCAUAGAGGUAGGCUGAAUGUAUUGGCUAAUGUCAUCCGAAAAGAGCUGGAGCAGAUCUUCUGUCAGUUUGAUCCCAAACUUGAAGCAGCUGAUGAGGGAUCUGGAGAUGUAAAAUAUCAUCUGGGAAUGUAUCAUGAGAGGAUUAACAGAGCAACAAACAAGAAGAUUACUCUAUCCCUGAUGGCUAACCCUUCUCACUUGGAAGCAGUCGAUCCUGUUGUGCAGGGGAAGACAAAGGCUGAACAAUUUUAUCGAGGGGAUACUGCAGGAAAAAAGGUUAUGUCCAUAUUGUUACAUGGGGAUGCUGCCUUUGCAGGACAAGGUGUCGUUUAUGAAACAUUUCAUCUUAGUGACCUUCCUUCUUACACCACAAAUGGAACUAUUCAUGUUGUUGUCAACAACCAGAUUGGCUUCACUACAGACCCCCGUAUGGCACGUUCGUCUCCAUAUCCUACUGAUGUUGCUCGUGUGGUCAAUGCUCCCAUUUUUCAUGUGAAUGCUGAUGAUCCUGAAGCAGUGAUGUAUGUGUGCAGUGUAGCUGCAGAAUGGCGAAACACAUUCAACAAAGAUGUGGUUGUUGACUUAGUUUGUUACCGUAGGAGAGGGCACAAUGAAAUGGAUGAACCAAUGUUCACCCAGCCCCUAAUGUACAAGCAGAUUCACAAGCAGGUGCCAGUGCUGAAGAAGUAUGCUGAUAAACUGAUCGCAGAUGGGACUGUAACACUGCAGGAGUUUGAGGAAGAAAUUGCGAAGUAUGAUAGAAUAUGUGAAGAAGCAUAUACCAGAUCUAAGGAUAAUAAGAUUCUACACAUUAAACACUGGCUUGAUUCACCUUGGCCUGGAUUCUUUAAUGUGGAUGGAGAACCCAAGAGCAUGUCCUGUCCUCCAACUGGCAUUUCAGAAGACCUGCUGACUCACAUUGGGAAUGUAGCUAGUUCAGUGCCAGUCAAAGACUUCAAAAUACAUGCAGGACUCUCCCGGAUUUUGAGAGCCCGCUUGGAAAUGACCAAGAACAGGGUUGUUGACUGGGCCUUGGCAGAGUACAUGGCUUUUGGCUCCUUUCUGAAAGAAGGGAUUCAUGUCCGACUGAGUGGACAAGAUGUAGAGAGAGGCACUUUUAGCCAUCGCCAUCAUGUGCUUCAUGAUCAAGAAGUUGACAAAAGAACGUGUGUUCCCAUGAACCACCUCUGGGAGCAGCAGGCCCCCUAUACUGUGUGCAACAGCUCCCUUUCCGAAUAUGGUGUCUUAGGUUUUGAACUUGGCUUCGCUAUGGCAAGUCCGAAUGCCCUGGUGUGCUGGGAGGCCCAGUUUGGUGACUUCCACAACACGGCGCAGUGUAUAAUAGACCAGUUCAUCAGCUCAGGGCAGGCUAAGUGGGUUCGUCACAAUGGGAUUGUUCUGCUCUUGCCACAUGGCAUGGAAGGAAUGGGUCCAGAGCAUUCAUCAGCCAGGCCUGAAAGGUUUCUGCAGAUGAGCAAUGACGAUUCUGAUGCUUAUCCAGAGUUCAGCAAACAGUUUGAAGUUUCCCAGCUGUAUGAAUGCAACUGGAUUGUGGUGAAUUGUUCAACUCCAGCCAACUACUUUCAUGUCCUCAGAAGACAGAUCUUGCUGCCAUUCAGAAAACCGUUAAUCAUUUUGACACCCAAGUCACUGCUGAGGCAUCCAGAAGCUAAAUCCAGUUUUGAUGAAAUGGUCUCUGGUACCACUUUUCAACGUGUGAUUCCUGAGAAUGGACUGGCAGCUCAAGCACCACAUGAGGUCAAGCGAGUGAUUUUCUGUACAGGAAAAGUGUACUAUGAUCUUGUGAAAGAGAGAAAGAAUCAAGACUUGGAGAAGCAAGUAGCUAUAACCAGACUUGAGCAGAUCUCACCAUUCCCAUUUGACCUGCUCAAAGAAGAACUUGACAAGUAUCCAGAUGCAGAUCUAGUUUGGUGUCAGGAGGAGCACAAAAACAGUGGAUAUUACGAUUACGUCAAACCUCGUUUCCGCACUAUUGUGAACCACACUCGACCUAUUUGGUAUGUUGGCCGAGAGCCUGCUGCUGCAGCUGCCACAGGCAACAAGAACACACAUCUGGUGUCGCUCAGAAGGUUCCUGGAUACAGCUUUCAACCUGGAGGCCUUUGAGGGAAAGACAUUCUAACUGCAGGACACUGUCUCAUCUCUAUCUACAACUGUCUCAAAUUUCAGCAGCCAAGGGAAGAAUUAAUAGGAGAAAUGCUGGAAAUUAUGUAAGGAUCCAGCAGCUAACUUCAUUACUCUGCACUUUUCUCCCAGUUUGUAAGAAAAAAAACAACAAAAAAGCAACUUCCACCAUUUUGUGUCACAUUUCUAUUUAGAUUGGGAGAUCUUUGGGACAAGGAGAAUCUAGUUUAGAAAGGCUCUGAUCUCAGACUGUAGACAUUUUCAAAUUGCUCUAAGUUGAGAGGGCAUGGACAGCAUGAUGUCAUUGUGCACAUCCCCAAAAAAGAGGAAAGUGAGUUUAAGAAGCCAUUAAAGAAACAAGAUGCAUCAUUUGACAGCGAUUGACAGUUGUUUCUAGGCAUAUUGGAGAGGAAUAACAAAACCAAAAAGGAAAGUUGCUAUUGUGACACUGAUGGAUUACUUAGGUACAGAAAUGUACUGGGUGUGGAUAUUGGAAAGAGAUGGUAAACUGCCAUGACAAGGCUCAAAAUAGUCAGGAUUACAAAGUCAGUUAACUAUGGGUGAUUACAGAAGUGGUGUGGAUUAUUUGGAUGUAAAAUAGAGGCACUGCAAUGGAGCUGACCACAGCUAUCAGAGCAGUGGCAUAUCAACAGCAGAGCUGAGCAGCAAAGUGGUGGAUAAAUGAAUUGAGAGUAAGAGAUGAUAGUACCAAUUAUUUCCAUUCCUUUGGGUGCCUGAUUUGAUGCUGUAUGGUAUGCAGGAAACUGGGGGGGUCCUAUGAACAUCCUCAUUGGCUUCUUUCUCUCAUCAUAGUACAAGGAUUUGCCACCCUUGACCUGGUAGCACCUGUAAAAAGGCUGUGAGAAAUGUGCAUCUGUCAGCAAGUACUGGGUUCUCUGCUUUGUCCAGUUUGAAUCACUCCCUCAAAUUUCCUUGUUGGUGUUAAUUCAACUCUGAAAUGUCAGUUCCCAAUUUAUUCACCCAUUUUUACGUCGAGGAAGGUGGGCAAGCAACAUUUCCUAAUUGACAAAAAGCACGUGCUGUAUUUUUAUCUGAAAUUGUAACUGAUUUUGUUGAUCCUUCAUGCUUACCUGUUGGUUAAGCUAUCAAUUGCCAUUUACUUUCAGUAUGGGCUUAAAGGGGAACUUCCUCUAAGGGCUGACCCUGUCAGGCAGCUGAGGGACAGCAAGUUCAAGAAGGUCUGUGGCAGGGGGCAGCAAGGGGAUGGUUGCACUCUAGAGAGAGUGCUUGGCUGCAUUGGAGGCACUGCAUGGCAGGGUGAUCUCAAACUGCUUGAGCUUUAUCUGCAGUGCCAAAAAGCAGGUGGGCACAGGUUUCCACUCCCCUCUCUGUGUAAGACCUAGUGUUGUUGGAUGUUCUGCUCCAGGAGAAAUGGGAUGGGGGGGUGAGCUGUUUGGCUGCAGACCCUGCAAUGGGUGUGGCAGGAAUCGGAGGAAUGGCUGUGCCUGCGUUGAGGCAGAAAACAAUACUAAGCUAUGUGAGGACCCUGUGCCCCUACAGUGCCUGAGGGUUGUGCUAGAUCCAUUCAGAACAAGUGACUGGAAAACACGUAGAGGAGACCGCCAUCUCCAAUUCCCUGUCCUGAAUGUGCUCCUGGGAAAUGCUCUUGUUCCUGGAAGUAAGUUCUGCCCUGCUGUUGCUGUAUUGGCUGUGACAUAAUAAGGGUUGACAGUUUAUGCUUGGUGGAAAUAGUCAAGUGAUGCUGAAAAGCAUCUUGUCUUGUCAAAGUAAAAAGCUCUAUUAAAAACUUUGAGCUAUGAUCACUUGCUGCUAGUACAAGCAGGUUACCAAAAGGGGAUGUGCACCUCAUGCUGUCCCUUCGCUUAGCCUGGAGGUAGCAUGGUAAAAAUAAAAUCGAUCCUCCUGUCAGAGCAUAAAAUUGGUGUGCUAAGGUGCUUACGUGGGUUCCAGAA